UGAUUCACAAAAAGCGGCCGCUCGUCACGGGCCAGGAAGUCACGCUGUUUUAUUUUUUAAAAAUAGACUUAGGCCUACAUUUUCCCAGAAGUAAAAUGAUCUUAGCAGAACUAAGAAAUGUUUAUGUUUUUCUUUUACUGAAUAAACAAGCUGUUCUCAGAGGAAAAUGAGGUCCGCAGAACGCUGUUUGAAGCUAGAAAGGUGGCAGGGUCCACCACAUGUAAACAAAACAAAACAGAAAGAAAUUGUGUUGUCCUUUAAGGUCAGUUUGUUAAUUCAAUUUAUUCAGUCACGAAAACAAAGAGAGUUUAUUGAUGCACAAAGCCAAAUCAGUCAAUGGAGAUUUCUUUCACAAAACUACAGAGCGCACCGUCAAUGGAGGACAGAAAAAGUCUUCAUUAUGAUUCACGCAUUUAAAAACUAAGGGGUCAGUAUGACAUUUGGAUAUCAUUAAAAUAAGAUGAGAUGAGAUAAUCGUUUAUUAGUCCAUUUAAAUAUGUAUUGAUAUAUGUAUAUAAAUUGUCUGUACACAUUUAUUUCAAGCGUUGUGGCCAAAAUAACAAACAUGUAAAAGAUCGCUCUUUAGAGAUAGCACCUAGAUGAUAUCUUAUAAGUAGUUCACAACCUCUCAACUCGGGGUUCAGGGCCCAAGAUUGGGUCACAUGCAUAAAUCUGCACGGUCAAAAGAUGAAAGCUGUAGAUAUAUUGCGGCUGCACAAAUGAAUGCAUUUCUCAGAUCCUGUUUUUCUGUCAUAUUCUGACUUGUUUCACCUCUUCAGGCUGCUGAAACUAUUUAAAAUGAAGCGAUCUAAGAACUUAAGAUAUAUUUGUUACAACUGAACAACUCACAUCCAAAUGUGAUAUGCAAUAUGUAUGACUAUUUGGUUGAAAACAUUAAAACUUCCCUAAGAUAAAGUCAAUGGAAUGUGAAAGAAUAGCAGCUUUGACAUUAUGACGUCUGUGUGUUGCAUUACAAAGCAUGUUUAGCAUGCCAACCAGCUAGCCCCCUGUCCAUCCCGUCCUAGCUGUGUGAACACUAACACUUCCUAGAUGCGAAAUGUUGGACUGCUAGCUGCACGGCUAACUGAGCUAACCAGCUAAUGGCAGCUAUAGUUGACAGCAGUUAUUUGGUACUGUAUAAAAUCAACAGGUGGCUCAUUCUUACAUGUUGCACUUUUAUAGCCCAUAUUUAUUAAAAAAAGAAAAAAAUAGUGCAUCCUUGGUUGCAGCUGGUUCCCUUUUUAAUUUUUUGCCCCUGCCCUUCGGAAAGCCUGAGUCCGCCACUGCUGUUAUAGGUACAGCCAAUAAAUUCAACAUAUAUUUAUUAAAAUUAUAACAAUCAAGUCCGUCAUCAUAAGCCCUUGAAGUCUGGCUCACAGUAAUAUUCAUGAUAAGACUCCCCUCACAGUGUUGACGGAAGGAACAUUAUGUAAACAAUUUUAUCUUGAUGAGAGAGAUACGGCUGCCUCUCCGCCCCGGAUCACACCCACCAUACCUACAGCCUCAAAAGCCCAACGAGCAAGCUGUCACACAGAUUGACAAAGUCCCGGACAGGAAAACAUCCCAGUUUGUAGUUCUGAUCACAAAGUGGCGAGAUUUAAAAGGAGACCCUUGCGCAAAACACGAGAUGAUCGCCAGGAAGCUGUGACAGGAGAGGGGUUAAUGGAGCAUGUUUCAUAUGUCCCCACGCUUGCUAUCCACGGCCUCUCCAUGGACAACACCGGAGCGCACCACUACAAGGAUGCGCUCCGACUCGGACUGCCCUUCCACCUGGACGCCGCAUACCUCGAUCCCGUGCACGGCCAGAGGUUACCGUAUACACGAUUCUCCUAUUUCCCCUUUCACGGAGCCCUCGGCGUGUGCGAUUACUCCUUCGAGCCUGCGUUCAUCCGCAAGAGGAACGAACGGGAGCGGCACCGAGUGCGCUGCGUAAACGAAGGCUACGCGCGGCUCAGAGAGCAUCUGCCGCAGGAGCUGGAGGACAAACGGCUCAGCAAGGUGGAGACACUGCGGGCGGCUAUUGACUAUAUCAAACACCUGCAGCGCCUGCUGGACUUGAACGCGUCCGGGAUGGAGGUGUCACUCGGAGACGCGCGUAACCGUGCGCCGCUGCAGCAGAGGACAGACUGCAGCAGUGAUGGAGAGUCCAAGACUGGCCUCCGUGACAGUGGGGGGAGAGUUUACUAGCUCCCACUUUCUUUCUGUGUGAUUAAUCUGCAUUAAGUAUGUAAAGAAAGUAAAACAUACACAUUGACAUUA